CAUCAACUUACAACUUGCAAUAAAAAUCAAAAUUUUGACUUGUCCUGAAAAGUGGAAACCCUCUGUUUCGUUUUAACUUCUCGAUCUUGUCAGAUCCUCGUUUUCUUCUUCUUUUGUUCAUCCGAGGUUAACUUAAUCCCACCCUCCUCCUCCUCCUUUCAAGAGACUCUUCUUGGUUUGAAACAAAGCGGAAGAGGAUGAGUUCGUCUUCUCCGGCCACUCGACGUGACCCCUACGAGGUUCUCUCCGUUUCAAGAACCGCUUCUGAUCAAGAAAUCAAAUCCUCUUACAGAAAACUUGCUCUUAAGUAUCAUCCAGACAAGAAUGCAAACAACCCUGAAGCUUCUGAGCUUUUCAAGGAAGUUGCUUAUUCCUACAGCAUCUUGUCUGAUCCUGAAAAGAGAAGGCAUUAUGACAAUGCUGGCUUUGAGGCACUUGAUGCUGAGGGAAUGGAGAUGGAAAUUGACUUGUCUAACCUUGGAACUGUUAACACCAUGUUUGCUGCAUUAUUCAGCAAACUAGGUGUGCCUAUAAAGACUACUGUGUCUGCUAAUGUUCUUGAAGAGGCUAUGAAUGGGACUGUUACUGUUAGGCCCCUUCCUAUUGGAACUUCUGUUAGUGGGAAGGUUGAGAAGCAAUGCGCUCACUUUUUUGGAGUUACGAUAAGUGAACAACAAGCUGAGUCAGGGGUUGUUGUUAGAGUAACUUCAACAGCUCAAAGUAAAUUUAAGUUACUUUAUUUUGAGCAAGAUUCAAGUGGCGGCUAUGGAUUGGCGUUACAGGAAGAGAGUGAGAAAACAGGCAAGGUGACGUCAGCUGGCAUGUACUUCUUACAUUUUCAAGUGUACAGAAUGGAUUCUACUAUUAAUGCGUUAGCAGUAGCCAAAGACCCUGAAUCUGCUUUCUUUAAGCGAUUAGAAGGUCUUCAACCUUGUGAGGUUUCAGAACUGAAAGCUGGCACUCAUAUCUUUGCAGUUUAUGGUGAUAACUUUUUCAAGACUGCAUCCUACACAAUAGAGGCACUCUGUGCCAAGACCUAUGAGGACACAACAGAGAAGUUGAAGGAGAUUGAAGCUCAGAUUCUAAGAAAGAGAAACGAGCUGCGGCAGUUUGAAACUGAGUACCGAAAGGCUUUGGCGCGUUUCCAAGAAGUAACCAACAGAUAUACACAUGAGAAGCAAACGGUGGAUGAACUGCUAAAUCAACGUGACUCAAUCCAUUCAUCCUUCUCUGUGGUGAAGACACCAAGCGGUAGCAACGGAAGUAGCAGCAAAGCUCAAGGAGAUGAAAUGAAAGGUGAUGCGGAUAGUGUAAGUGAAGAAGUUGGGUCAGAGAGGGGAGACAAGUCGAAGAGGAAAUGGUUUAGCUUGAACCUAAAAGGAUCUGAUAAGAAGUUUGGUUGACUUUACCAAAAGGUGGGUUUGUUGUGGGUUCAUUGGUUUAUUCGUUAGACAGGAACUGACUCAGUGACUCUUGUGUCACUGAGGAUGGCUCUAUGUGUAGGCAUAUAUAUAUGUUCAUUGGAAUGAUUUGAAAGAGAGAUGCAAAAAGCUCAACUUGAAAAUGGUUUUUGAAAUGUAUGCAAAUGCAUUAUUG